AUGUGGCGCAAGUCCAACACGAUCUUCGUCCUCGCCUCGUCGCCGCGACAAACGCCGGACAAGAGUCUCGAAAAAGCUCGAGGCGAGACUUAUUACUGGACGAUGCCGGCCGCAGGCCUGCAGGAGAUUGAGAACGUCGAUCUCUUGCGGCGACACGUCCAGCUUACCGGCUGCACCUACGUCACGACGAAGCCGUUCCAUCUGCAUCGCUAUACCCCGUCGGACACCUGUACCGCCGGACAUGCUUUCGAAGCGAAGGACGCCUACGUCCGCAUGACCGCCUCCAAGCAGUGGCUCGAUCCGAAGGCCGUCCUUUCAGCCCAGGAAGCGACUACGCUCCCGGACGAGGAGGAGGGGAAACCGGAAGCCGCCGUGUCCAUCUCUAUUGGCGGCGACAGCUUCGACGUCUCGCCCGGUCCGGACUGGAAGCCGCAGGAGCUCUUCGAGCUGCUGGGUCCAAGUUUCCGGUUGGCGUUCGAUCGCACGCUCAGGAAAGGCGACGACCCCGAAGCCUCCUUGCGCAACUUCCUCAAACUCGCCCUCGUCAAUAGCAAGAAGUCUCUCGAGAAGAUUGUCACAAUCCUGCAAGGAGCGCGGCUCGACUUGCGGGAACACCCGACCGGGUACCAUCAGAUCGCGUACGAGCUGCCGUAUGGGCCGCAGCCGAGCGCCGGGGAUCCCUCAAUCGAACGAGUCAUUCCGACUCGCUUUCUGCUGGCUGUCGUGCGGGAGCGAGUCCAGGAACUCCAGGGUGCGAUGCCUGAGGCGGUCAUUCUCAAGAUGCUUUCCCUCCCGCACGCCCGCGGACUGCUCUACGAUACUCCCGGCAUCCACUGCGUCGAAACGCUCGAGUCGCCCCUCAGGGUCUGCGCGGCCCCUUCCGCGGUCGAAUCCGACCUCCCGGCCUGGGUUGAGCCCGCCGCUUCGACCGCGACCGCUACCACUACCUCGACGAGCGGCGAAACUCUGCCGAGUGGUCUCUCGCCUGCCCUCCAGACCAAACUCACGGAACGCGUGACGUUGCAAAGCAUCUCUGACCGAGCGACGCAGGUGUGCAGUACCUCUUGGGGUCAAGCGAACGGCGCCGUCCUGCGGAACGAAGCGACGGGCAAGGACGUCCCCUUCGUCCGCCUGCGCAUCCACCCUUACAACCACCUCGUCCUGGUUCGAGACGUCUACGUCGAGGUCUUUGAGUGGAUUAAGGCGGGCAUGGACAAGCUGCGCGGCAAGUUUGACCCCGACCCGAUCUACCUCGUCCUCUGCGGCCAGACUGGAAUCGGCAAGUCCUCGGCGCUCCCGUAUCUCAUGGCAACCUCGUGGGAGCAGCGCUAA